AUGCAGCAGCGGGUUGCUACAGUGAUAAAGAGCAUUUGGGAGCGCAGCAGUCAUCGUUUGAGUGGACAGAGUCAGACUGGUGAUCUUAAGGCUUUAACUCUUCGAGGCUUCUGCGAAGAGAGGCUUCAGUCCGGGGGAACAAAGGAAAGAAAAGCUCAAGACUGGGACAUACUCAAAACAGCAGCCUCCUAUGAUGACCAUAUAGACAUUGAGGAGUAUGCGGAGGCAGUAAUCAGCUACACAGCCAAAAGCACGGAGGAUAUUACUGUGAUGAAAACCUUCACCGCACGUGGUUAUAAAAAGCCAUGGAUGACAACAGAGUUUACUGACACCGCUACAACGUGUUUUUAUCGCUGGCUGUCCAGACGGAAGGUGCUGAAACGCUUUGUCGCGUGUCUGGAAGAAGUGAAAACUUUCCUGGGUAGCAAAGGGCUCACCUUUCCUGAGCUGGAACAGCCAGAGUGGCUGGAAAAGCUACACUUCAUGGUAGACAUGACAGCGCACCUGAACACGCUGAACACAGCUCUUCAGGGGAAAGGACGCACAGCCCUGCACAUGUUGGAGGAUGUUUUGGCAUUCGAGCGCAAGUUGACAGUGCUUGCCAGAGAUUUACAGAAAGGCACUUUGUCUCACUUCCCCAAUUUGAGAGAGUUCAAACAAGGUCACGACAUGAUAAUUUCGGAGUAUUUACAUUCUGCAAUCAUCGCAAUGCAAACAUCGUUUGGGAAACGCUUCUGUGAGUUCAGAGAGGAAAAAAACACAUUAUCCUUCCCGGUCACUCCCUUAAGCAUCGAUCCUUCCCUACUGAAUACGACUGCAUUGGCAGGUGUGAGUCAACCUGAUCUUGAGAUGGAACUGGCCGACAUAGCCGACAAAGACAUAUGGGUGUCCAAGUUUAGACGCUUGACAGCAGACCUUGAAGAUGUUGCCCGUCAGAAGGCCGUUCUUGCUCAGAAACACAAAUGGAGUGAUAUUGAAAACCUCACAGAUGACAGCUUGCGAUCCUGUGUAAAGAUGAAGGUGACAUCAUACAGCCCUGAUGUGCAGACGCUGUGCGCUGAGGUCCAGGAGCAGAAAUCCCAUUAACCAAGCUGACAGCUGGCUGACGUUAUUUUUGGUUUGCUGCUGGCGGAAAAUUUAAGUUCGGCGUUUUUCAUAAAUACAAGAAGGACUCAAAUAGACAUUGAAUAUUUUACUUAAAAGUAACUUUCAACCCAACGUCUUUUUUUCGGAGUUCAAAAUGUUUUUGUUGCAUGCAGAAAUGUAAUUUCGUUUUCUCUGCAGGAGUUCAUCAAUUUCAUAAAUGCAACACAUUAUA